AGUCUAGUUGCUCCGAACCAGACGCGAGUGCAGUCGAACGUGACAGUUGUUCUAGUUAACCCGCAGCAGUGAGGCUAAUCUACAGGUUCACUUCACCUUUGGUGCAGCAGGUCUACGUCAAGAUAGCCAUGGGCCAGUUAACUGUCCUAGCGCUGAUCCUUUUGGUGUCACUUUGUCACGCACAAAGACGUACCGAGGAUUUCGAUGAUUACAACGAUUUUGAUACUAUUCUUGAAGAAUGCAGAGAUAAGGUUAUGGACAUUUAUUUCAUUCUGGACUCAUCAACUUCCAUCUGGAUCAAACAUUAUGAAAAACUGCCCCCGUUCGUCCAAGAUGUCAUCAACAGGUUCGAUAUUGGUAGCAGCAAAACUCGAGCUGGUGCUCUAGCUUUCAGUGUGUCAGUCCAUAACCCCGUGUUACGUAUCAAUAGAUUUUCGGACAAGGCCAGCUUAAAAAAUUACAUUACAUUGAAUAACUUCCCUUACCUGACUGGAGUGACGAACACAUAUGAAGCAAUCAGAGUUGUCAGAGAAAGUAGUGACUUUAGAAGGAAUAUAACCAAAGUGAUUGUAGUCCUUACCGAUGGCGGUUCAAGUAGUCCUGGACAGACGUACCUAGAAUCUAAUCUGGCACGUAAACAAGGCUUUUAUCUCUUUGUGGUUGGACUAGGCAUUUACUCAGACUUAUCCGAGUGGAAUUCAAUAGCAGACGACCCAGACAGAGAUUUCGUUUUUAACGGAACUAACUUCGAAUUUACAAAUUUUCUUAAAGAUGAUCUAGCAAGACGCGCGUGCAGAUUGCCACCCAAACCAAUAUUGCCAGAAUGUCAGCUAAACGAUUUUGCCACGACCGACUUAUACUUUGUUUCGGGAUCCUACUCGGCCUUGAACUCUGCUUAUCAAUACGCCACUGCGUUUGGCGAUCAAGUCAGGGGCAGACAACCAUCUCUUCGUGUCAACUACUUCUUUCAGAACUGCAGAGUUCUAGACACUUCCAUUGGCAGGGUGGAGGAGGACUGCCCAAGAAACAUACCAACCAGGCAAACACCAGUGUAUAGUCUAGUAAGUGAACUGUUGGUUGAAGCAAGGCAAGAUAGAGAUGAUAGAUUCAGUGUUAGACAAGUUGCAGUCAUCAUUCUGGACGAUGCUGCUGCUCAAUCCUUUAGAAGUUCACAAUUAGACGAGUUACAGAAUGAUGGUAUUAUUGUUAUUCUGGUGGAUCUGACUACAAGACAAUCAAUAAGUAACUUGAGAAACCAACUCCGUGACCGAGACGACUACGUCAGACCUAUCGGUCUAGAACCCAUUGCAAGGAACAUGAUAGAACGCACGUGCAUUGCUAUAAACAGUAUUGUUGAUGACGCCUAUGUGCCACCAAAUUAAAUGACGAGCAACGGAAUCAGAAAGGAUGCAGUCAGUAUAUAGAAAACAUUACAUUAUUUAAUUUGUUCUUCUCUUGGGCUUAGUGUAUAGACACUUUUUUUUCAACCUCUUUUAUAUUGUCUCAUUAUUGUUUUAUAAGACAAAAUUUGAGGCAACAUUAAAUAUAAAUAUAUUGUCUUUUAAAACUUUGAACUAAAUUCUUUCUAAACAAUUUAUUUCCUUUACAAUAAAGCAUUUUUAAAACGAG